GCACCUUAGAGGGAUGGUCAGAAAAUGGAAAAAGCCUUGGUGACAACCUUCUAAUCUCCACUAGGCCUGCUAGCUAAUCCUCUAGCGUGCUUGCUAGUCAAGCGAAUAAAGUUGAUUCCGAGUUUCCCUCGGAGGAGAGCUCUUUAGUUUGCAGUUUUGCCUUUGUGGAAGUUGUGUGCAUAUUGUGUCCUUUCUCCCUCAACCUGUAUGUCUUAAUUUACGUCAUUUUUUUCCCAAGAAGACGAGUUUUGAAGAGAACGGCUAUGCUACUGUUAGCCGUGUUGGCUAACCGGCUAAAAGUUGGAUCGUCGAGGCCUCGGCGGCGCCAUUUUGAGUCCUGUGCCCUGAGAACGACAAAUUCGAAGUAAUCCACCUUCAGAAAAAGGUGUUUUGUGGCCCCCAAAUGUCCAUAUAAAUACCGAAGGAGCCGACAUCAUCGAGAGAGUGCAUCCAGAUGAUUUUUCUUCAGCACAAGCGGAAACAUAGCUUUGUUCCUGUCGUCUUUUGUUUGGGAGUGGCAGCUUGGCUUCACAACAAGGCCUGUGGCGUUUCAACCGGUGGUGGAUGGAGCGAUAUGGACUUUUCACACCUAUUAGUUUUCAUUAUAGAGCCAGUCUAAGCUCAUUGAGUUUCAGUGGGUAAAUAAAAGCAUCACUCCACUCCAAAGUGGUGUAAUCUCAAAAUGGACGCCCAGAUGAACCACGAUCACUCGACAGGCCUUUUUUAAUCCCCCUUCAUUUCCAGCCCCCCUACAUGGACACUUAUAUCAAAGUCUGUCUCAUGGCUUGAUCAUGAACUCAUGUCCCUGUGAGAAACCUGUGGGCAGCGGUGGAAGGCAUCGCCGCGUCAGAUGGGGAACGUACCGGAGGAUCCUUUCUGUGGAGGCGCAGCCUAAACAGCUUCCGGAUAAGUGGCAGCACGACAUGUUCGACAAUGGCUUUGGAGGUUUCAAUGGUGCUGGUAGCGGUGGCGGAGGAGCUGGCGUGGAAACUGGAGGGAAGCUCCUUGUCUCCAAUCUUGAUUUUGGUGUCUCAGAUGCAGAUAUUCAGGAACUUUUUGCUGAAUUUGGGACUCUGAAAAAAGCAGCAGUUCAUUAUGACCGGUCUGGAAGAAGUUUAGGAACUGCUGAUGUCCACUUUGAGAGGAGGGUAGAUGCUCUCAAGGCCAUGAAGCAGUACAAUGGCAUCCCACUUGAUGGGCGACCUAUGAACAUACAGCUUGUUACAUCACAGAUUGACACACAGAGGCGAUCUAUGCAGCGCCUGGGCAGAGUCAGCGGGGGAAUGAACAGAAGUCGAGGAUUCGGGGGCAUGCAGAGGGGCCGCGGCGGACGGGGUGCUGGUGGCAGAGGAAGAGGUCGAGGUGGACGCGGUGGCAGCAAACAGCUGUCAGCAGAAGAACUUGACGCCCAGUUAGACGCCUACAAUGCCAGAAUGGACACCAGCUAAGAGAUGAAGAUUUUCCUCGAAUGUCAUCCCUUCCAGUCUGCACAGAGCGUGUCAUUUGUUACAAGUGGAGAUGUGCAGGAUAUUUUACGCUUGGUUGUCUCCUGAUGUGAUUGAAAUUAAUGUAUCAAUCUCCUCUUUUAAAUGCUCCAAAGUGUUUUUUACUAGUAAAAAUUUUUUUUUUUUUUUUUUUUUCCCUUCCUUUCCCCAUGGAAGAAAAUGGCUGUAGGUUUGGGUGUGUCCUGUUGUAUGUUCCUGUAGUAAUGAAACUUGUAAUAAACCUACAGUACAUAUUCA